AACUUCCCGCCGCAACUUAACAAAAUAUUUUCGGACGCUAAUAAGCUGGCGAGCGGCGGCGGCGGAGGGCGAGGUCUCUUCUGCUACCACUGCCCGCCCAGCCUGCCGCCCCAUCAGCACAGGCUGCCGACUCUCGAGUACCCCUUCACGGCUUCGCAUCCUUACACGAGCUACUCGUACCACCCAGCGAUCCACGAUGACACAUUCGUCCGUCGCAAACAACGGCGGAAUCGGACCACGUUCACGUUGCAGCAACUGGAAGAGCUGGAGACGGCGUUCGCGCAGACGCACUAUCCCGACGUAUUCACGCGGGAGGACCUCGCGCUCAAAAUCAACCUCACGGAGGCCAGAGUGCAGGUGUGGUUCCAAAACAGAAGGGCGAAGUGGCGAAAAGCGGAGAGGUUAAAAGAGGAGCAGCGCAAGAGGGAAGGCGCCGAGGUGCUCACCAAGCGGGACUCCUCCGAUGACAAGGGUUCCUCUGAGUGCGGCAUGUCCCGGGGCUCCGCAGAGGCGUCACCAGUAUCCGCCACUGGAUCACCCAGGGCGUCGCCGCCCGUCACGCCCGGCUCUCCGCGGCGGUCGCCGCUACGGUCGCCGCACCGGUCGCCUAACAGGUCACCUAGAAACCAGAGGUCAGAAGCAAGCUGCGCGUCUCCUGCGCCUUCGGUCGGCAGCGUGGGGUCGAGGGACGCGCCCUCCGACCAGCGGCCCUCGCACCACCUGUUCUCGCCCUUCGACCAGUGA